CCGGGGCUUUGUACACGAGGAACGAAAAUGAGCAAAGCGCACCCGCCCGAGCUGAAGAAGUUCAUGGACAAGAAACUGUCUUUGAAGUUAAAUGGUGGGAGACAUGUCCAGGGGAUUCUGCGUGGCUUUGAUCCCUUCAUGAACCUUGUAAUAGAUGAGUGCACAGAGAUAUCAGGGGGUGGCCACCAAAACACCAUUGGAAUGGUGGUAAUUCGAGGGAACAGCAUUAUAAUGCUGGAAGCUUUGGAGCGAGUUUAGCUUUCAUUUAUAACAGUUGUUAAUAUGCCCCUUCCUCCUCCUCCUGGUGCAAAUGCCCUUAUGUUAAGUGAAGAUGCUACAUUCCUUCUGUGAAUUUGUUUUUUGUAUUAAAAGCCUUCAAAUAGAA